ACGAGAUGUGCCAUGGCCCCCAUAUUGCAGUCGGAUCCCCAACAAGAGAGGAGGGCCUGACAUGAUUUGGAGUUCCAGAUGGAUGGAGCCCUGCUGAACGAGGCAAGGACAGCAGCGCAGGCGUGGGGGAAGGCAGCAAGCCAACCCCGUCAGGACCGAAGACGUAGGAAGCCGGCAAAGUGGGGAGGGAGAUACCGUCGAAAUGUGGUGUGGGCAGGGAGAGGGGAUGACCUCAUGCAAGCCGACAAGCCGCAGUGGUUGUUUGGGGACGAGCGGAAAAGGAAAGCGGAACAGGUGCCGGAGCAAGGGAGAGGACUUAAAAUGGCGAGUACAAGUCAAGAAGUGGUGGCAGGAGGGGAUUUAAGGGGAAAAGGACCUGAGGGGAAGGAGCCCGGAAAGGGAGAAAGGGAGGAUAGGACGGUCGAACAAUUUGAGUCAACCGAGGGCAAGCGGGUGGGUGACGAAAGGGGGGAGUGUAGUCGGCAGGAGGUGGGGCAAGAGAAAAUGACUGGCCAGGCUAAUCGAAGAUGGGAGGAGAAAGAAGGAGGAGGGCAUCAUAAUGAACGGGGCGGGGAGGGAGGAGCAGGAGGGAAGGAAGAGGGAGAUGCGGGCGAUAGGAAGGUGAAAACGGUGGAACUGGGCCGCAGUCUCACUAAGGGGACAAAGAUGGAGGAGGGGGGAGAGGGGGAAUCGGUAUCAGCCGGGGCUCAGAUGGGAGAGAUCGAAAAGGUGGACAAGGGGAAGCCCGGGGCAAAGAGGCAACACAGAAAGAUGAAGGAGAGGAGGCGAAUGAAAGUGUAAAAAGGGAGAGGGACGAAGGAGACUAAGCUGAAUGAGGCCAGGACAGUAAAGCCAAUGUCAUGGU